CAGUUGUUGGGUUGAGUGAGGUGAAAGGUUGACGAAACUCCCAACAAGUUUCGUAAAAUCUAGUUUAUCAGUGAUAGUGUGUGAACUGACUGGGCGCACGGAAUAAUAGUAAAGUGUAUUAACACAUAUGUUAUAAAUAUAAAAAAAAAUUGCUUAAAUCUUAUAAGAGUCAUAAAACAUGUCUAAAUCUGUGUUAUGUUUCGUGAUCGCAGUACUUUGUUUUGCAUCUGUAAACACAAAAAAAAAGUUAAAAUUUUACGAGGAGAAGAAUUUCCAUGAAGCUCAAGAGUUGACAGAUCAAAAUGUGAGAGAUAUAGCGGCAAUGUCCGACAUGAAUCAUUUCAAAUCAGUUUUGAAUGAGAUCCUGAUUCCAAGAGUUGUUGGUACUCCUAAUCACGAUAAGGUCAGCAACUACAUAUCCCAACAGAUGCGGGACUUAGGGUGGGAGGUCACGGAGAAUGUUUUCUCCGACACUACACCUGUGUUUGGCUCAUUGAAUUUUAAAAAUAUUAUAGCCAAAUUAAACCCUAAUGCUGACAGAUUUUUAGUGCUAGCGUGCCACUACGACAGCAAAUAUAUGAGGGAGCAUGUUUUUGUAGGCGCAACGGACUCUGCAGUACCAUGUACUAUGAUGAUAAACCUGGCCAAAGUAAUGGCGGGACAAUUGGAGCCGUUUAAAAACAAUCGUUUAAGCGUCAUGUUCAUUUUCUUCGAUGGUGAAGAGGCAUUUAGACAAUGGGGUCCCAAUGACUCGAUCUAUGGAGCCCGACAUUUAGCCAAGCAAUGGCAAGGCACUGAAUACAAGGAUGGGGCCAAUGAACUUCAGAGAAUGGACGUGAUGGUGCUGCUGGACCUCCUUGGCUGUCCAGACCCAGUGUUCUACAGUUACUUCCAGUCGACAGAGAAGUGGUACGUCCGUAUGGCUGUGGCUGAGCAGAGGCUGGCUGAACUCGAUCAGUUCCAGUCCUACUCCAAGGGCCAGGCAGAACAGACCUACUUCAGGCUCAGGAGCUCUGGAGCCGUCAUAGAAGACGACCACAUACCUUUCAUGAGGAGAAAUGUGGAUAUUCUGCACGUGAUCCCGUCUCCGUUCCCCAGCGUGUGGCACACCCCUGCCGACAACUUGGCCGCUCUAGACUUCAACACUAUAGAAAACUUGAACAAAAUAUUCAGAGUAUUUGUUGCGGAGUACCUCCACAUCCAACCUAAGUAGCGACGGUACCCAACAACUCAUUCCUAAUAUUGACAAUGCGAAAUCGAUGUACCUAAAACGAAAUUAUAUAUUUAUGCCAUAUAUUUACAUAUGUAUACCUAUGUACAUUUAUUAUUUGUUUCUAAAUAGUAUUAUUACCGUAACUAGCGCUCAGUGUUUGGAAAAAAUAAUGUUUCAUAUCUGCCUUCGUUCAAUUUUAAGCAAAAAAUAAUUGUUCAGAACUUCAGAGUUCAGACUGAUCUUCUGUCACAGUAUAAGUUUGUUAUAUAAUAAUUAUAAUUAAGUAAGUACUUAUAUGAUUUUCAAUGCAUUUUGUUUUGUUAUAUAGCUACCUACUUUUUCUAAUCAGUGAAUAAGUAUUGUUAUAAUUAUGUGUUUAGUAUUUUGCGAUUGAAACUUUCAGUUUGGCAACGGUAAUGAGAUUAUAGAAAUAUGAAAAGCGAUAUCAGAACUUGGUUAGCGCGAAAUCGAUUUUAUAAAUUCAGCAUUUAUAAAAUGCAUAUCAUAAUUCCUUAGACCAUAAGUCUUCCACCGUGAAAUUUAUAUCGAUUUAGUCUCGGUAAUUUGUAACAAUAAAAUAACCGAUGAACCAUUGUGAAAAACAAACAAUGGUAUCGCUUGAAAUGCCUUUGUAAUUUGGUACCUACAUAUCGGUGUCCAAUUUUAUUUCCAUUGACAAAUUAUUCACCGAACAUUAAUAUUUAUUUAGAAAAUUAUUAUUUUUAUGCAAUGACGUUUUUUAUUAGUUUAUCUAUAGAUUUUAUCAGUUUUUUUUUCUACAUUCCAUUCUUUCAAAACGACUUGUUAUUUUUAAGAAUAUAAUUGUGUAUACAGAUCAUGUUAUAUUUAUUAUCUCUAAUUGUAUUCAUGUACAGUUAAAUGGCAAUAUUAUUUAUUUGUUAGUAACCCUUAUUAAGUAAUUGAUUGUUCUCAACAGUUGCUUCUACACAGUUGUAUAGAAAUGACGUCAGAGAAAGGUUUUUUUUAAUCCGUUAUGUGAUAAAAAUAUUAGAUGGUACAUUAAAAUUUUUGUUUUAUCGAAAAAAUAUUUGAUGAAACGAAUUAAAGUUUAGGUCGAUAGGGCGAUCCUUACGCUAAGACGUCACUGUACGCGAUAUUCCAAAGUAUUAAUAAUAUAAUCGGGGGCCGUUUAUGUAUUACGUAAGCUCUAUGGGUCGUACAUAACAUCGUUUCUUGGUUUUGCUUAUUUUGGAUGACAUAGGGCUUAUUUAGGAUGAAGGGGGAGUCUAGAUCAUGAUUACGUCAUUGAUUGAUUGAUUUGCUUUUUUACACGAAUGGCAAGCCUAAUACUGUCUAUUUGCAUGCGUUUAUUAGGAAAUCCCUAUGUUAUAUAGUUCGUUUAGGGGAAAUAAAAAAAAAAAUGACAAAGUUGGGGGGAGUGGAUAAGAGUUUUGCCUUUUUUUUGUGACGGGGGAAAACCUUCAAAAGGUGCCUAGCUUUUUGGGGAUAAAGGACUAGGGAGUGUGGGAUUUUUACCUCACUAAAACCACCCCGGUGGCCAUCCUCUACACCUAUAAGGAGCACCGAGACCUUUUGGAUUGGGGACACCCCCGUAAAUAAAUGUAAUAAAUCUGCUUACGUAAUAUAUGAGCGGCCCCUUGCCUAAAAAAGACAAAAACCGUGUCCAAUAUUUUUAACAAAAUACCAGACGGCCAUAUCACUUAUUUAUUUAUUAAUCAUUCCUAUUAUAUAAGUUUAAUAUUAAUUAGUACCUGUUUAUGCUUUGAGGUAAUAUUUAAAAAUUUAAUUUUUAUUACAUUUUAUAUUUAUAGCGCACAAAAAUAUACGAUGUACCUUUUCCAUUGUUUAUGGCUCUCUAUGUCGUUAAAAAGUGCAAUAAAUGGCGCGCAUUUAAUUUUGCUGUUAUGCUUGACAAAUAAAGUUUACAGUUUACAAAAAUCACUAUUUCUUGGUGAAAUAUUCGCAUUCGAAUAAUGAGUGAGUUAAUUCAUCCAACUAUUCUUACUCAAUAAUAAAAAACAUAUAAAAAUGAAUCGCUAAAUUUGUUGCUAAGCUCAAAUCUCGAGAACUGCUGAACAGUUUUCGCUAAUUAUUUUUUGUUGAUAUUGUUACAAACUACUUAUAUAUUAUGUAUAAAAAAAAAUAUGCGCAAAAAUAUUUCUUAGGCGGACCAAAGAUCGCGAGGUCCGCUAGUUUUAUAUAAAAGGAACGAUGGUCCUAACAGUGACGGUGCAAUCCGUCUCAAUAUUCCUAAUUAAUCGAAUGCUAUUUUAGAACAUUCCAUAAGUACGCUUGUAUAAUUAUAGAACCAGGAAAAAAUACAAUGUAAUUCACUGCGUUCCUAAUACGGUUGUGCAAACAUUAUUGUAUGUAAAAUUGUGUAUACAAAAAUGGUAUUUUGUUUUGAGUAUUUUAUUAUAAAUAGCUAGAUCUGUAUAAAAUUAUAUUAUAUAAGACUAUAUUUGUAUAAAAUCGUUUACUAAAAGAAAAUUCAAGUAAAUAAAAUAAAUCAAUUGUAUGUAAUAGCCUAUCUAUGAAUUUAACGAUAAUUGUGACUAAUGUUCAGAUUUAAUACAGAUAUUAUUAUUCUUUAAACUUUUUUAUUAUAUGCAAGUUGUACAGAAUAUUUUCUGAUCGUAUUCACUGUUCAUGUACAUUAAAAUUAACUUGUUAAGCGCAUUUGUAAUAAAAAGAGCUUCGUAAUUUAAAUAUGUACUUAAAUAAUAAUAAUUUGUUUAUUACUGUACCAACAUUAAACGACGAUUACGUGUCGUAAUGAGCACCUCUGCCUACCCCUUUGGGGAGAAAAGGCGAGACGUUGCUUCUAAAAAUUUGCUCUCCUCUCCAACCGGUCUGUGUGAACGGACCCUAUUGUCUUUCUCCAAAGGUCGAUGUAAAAUAUUUAUCGACAAGUAAUGUAUGUAUAUUUAUUUUUUCUAAAUAAUAAUUAAUAAUAUUUAUGUAGAUUAUAAAGUUUGUUCGAUUAAAAUAAAAAUGAAGUGGAUGUUCCUUUCAGAUUAGCAUCUAUUGAUUUAAUCAAAUCUUGGAGAUUGAAAGAUAUACAUUACGUGUUAGUGAUAUCUUUACCUAGUUUAAUAAAUCGUCGGAAUAUCAUCCUUAUGUAUACCGUUACUGGUGCUGCCUAAUCAUAGAAUUUUAUGUUUUGCUGUGCCCGACAGGGUCCAUAAUUGUGACUAAAUACUGUAUUUUCUAACACUUGUGAACAUUAUGGAUGCAAAAAAUACUUGAAUACAUAUUACAUAGACAUAAUAAUACAGGUUAGCACGUACAAAAGGCUCACUGGUGCUCAUACAGGCAAAACUGUAACAUAAGUAUGCUAAUAUAACAGCUUUUACAGAAGUACUCGCAAGUUAUCUCAUUAUAACCAUUCAAUUGAGUGUUUUAUCAAAACUAUCUGGCCUAAUCUUAAACUACCUUUUAUAAGUUUGCCAAUAAAAUAAUAUUAAAUGUUUAUUUAGUUAAAAAAAAAUAUUUUGGCUGUCAAAAAAAUUUAGGCCUAAAUAAUGUGCCUAGUCUCCAAAGGUAGUUUAUUUAAAAAUGUAGCGGCUUAUUCGUAUAAUACUGGCCUAGCUGGGGCCUUAACUUCUGGUUAGUGGCCACCAUAGGAAUAGUCCGUUUGAGUAGUUAACAGCCUUAGCGUGACGAAAUACGAGUGGUCCUCCAAAAAAAAAAGGUACAGGUAAUACAUACUAACCCAAUUUUAAAAUUCACCAAAUUUUAUAUAUUGAUAUAACUUCCGUUAUUCUUUGUAAUCGGUUAGAAUUUAAAAUGUAAACUGCAGUUACACAUUUUGUUUGAAAUGAACACGCCUAAAGAAAGAUAUGACAGAUCGACAAUUGCCCGCGCUUUUGUAUACUCCAUCGCCACUGUAAUCUUAUAAGUAUCAAUAAAGGCACAUACAUUAUAUUCUUGCUACUAAAAAAACACUUAUUGUAUUUUAAUAAUAAGACAAUUUACCGUUCAUUCAAUCAUUCAAAAAUGAGUUUGGAUUUGUAUCGAUGACAUUAGUUUUUCUGAAUUUCUAUCAGAAACUGAAAUCGAUCCAAUGAUUUUGGAUAAGAUCGGUUUCUAGUUUCUGUCAUUAAAGGUAUAUGUAUAAACGGUGAUCCUAUAAUAAUUAUACUUACUUAUUGUGAAUUGUUGUUGUGCAUCCCAUAUAACUACUAUAUUUACAUUUACAAAUACAAAAGAUAUUAUAUUAUUAUAAGAAAUAAAUACGUUGAUGUUUUGA